AUGACAGAUGGUGCUCAACAGUCAAAUGGAGGCAAAAAGUCUCCUCAGCAGUUAAGAGAUAUUGGCUCUGAGAUAUUGCUAGAGAUGAGCAAUAUAGUUUUGGAGUUGACCAUCAGAUUGGCCUUGUGUCAAUCUGUCACACUUUGGUCUAAAGUGUCUAAGAUGGUCAAUUUCAGAAAUGUCAACACAGUUACACAGACAGUUGUUGUUGUUGGUUGCAAAGUUGUUGCAAAGUUGGUUGCAAUGUUGUUGCAAAGUUGUUCAGUCAUUUGCGAAACAGAGUGCCCGCAAUCCUUGCGACCAGCAGCUUUCAAUGUCACUGUUUCCAUGGUAACAAGCACGAAUAAACCAGAAAAUCAAAAUUUACAACAAGAAGCUUGGCUGUUUCUGGAGCAAAAUUUUGAAAAUCUAGACAAAUUUUAG